UAUAAACAGUAAUAAGACACUAUUUUAAAGACAGAUUUGGAAGUCUCUAGUCUCAUCUUCACUGAGCAGGAGUUUUAGGUUUCUCUUUCCUGUGGGUCAGACCAUUUCUUCUUCUGCCUCACAUAUGCAGCUCUGGCAGGCUUGAGAGAAGAGAAGCAGACAAGACCCUGUGAGCCUGAGAUUAACCACUGCCUCUGUUCUCAGCAGGAACUUCAGCUCGAACACCUGGAACGAUGAUACUAAAUCUGGGAUGCUUUCCUCUCCUCCUAAUGCUGCUGGGACUAUGGAGCACAGUGUGCCCACUUUGUGCUUUGCCUGAGAGGCUCACCAAGGCUCAUUGGUUUGAAAUCCAGCACAUACAGCCAGGUCCUCUCCAAUGCAACAGGGCAAUGGGUGGUGUCAACAAUUAUACUCAGCACUGUAAGCCUGAAAACACCUUCCUGCAUGACUCUUUUCAGAAUGUAGCUGUUGCCUGCAAUAUGCCCCACAUCAUCUGCAAGAAUGGCCAGAACAAUUGCCACCAGAGUGCAAAGCCUGUUAACAUGACCAAAUGCAAACUCACUGCAGGGAAGUAUCCUCACUGUCGUUACAGGGAUACUGCCCAAUACAGAUUCUUCGUUGUUGCCUGUGACCCCCCUCAGAAGAGUGACCCUCCCUAUCAGUUGGUUCCCGUACACUUGGAUAAGCUCAUCUAAGGUUUUGCUCACUUUCCUCUCAUUGGACACAGAUUCUCUUAAAGUUUCUUCUGCUUUUUCUAUUCUUUUGUUGAUUUUCUUGUAUUCAUGGAAGAGAAGGAAAGUGUUGGAAGAAUUUGAGUAUCUAGGAUACCAGACUAGAGUUGGGACAAAAAGAAAUAGGAUUUUUUUCUGCUUUGGAGUUCUGUCUGUUUUGAGAGAAGGCAAAUAGGGAAGAGGGCAAAGAAGCAUCCAGGCCUACAGAUUUUUAACCUUGGGACUUUUGCCAAACUUUAUAAAACUACAUUCACAGCAAUAAAACCACUCUUGCUGCA